AUGCGACCAACUGCAUUUCUUCCAGUGAUCGCUCUGGUCUCCCAAGCGAUCCUGACAGUAGCAUGGAGUGAUGUUUCUGAUCCAAAUCUUGUUUACCAACCUUAUUCCCUCUUCGAUGAUCGACCCGCCGAAUGUCCUCCAUGCUUCAACUGUCUGCUAGACGCCUCCAACUGCACCCACUACGCAGCCUGCAAUCAAUACAAUGGCAAAUGCAUUUGUCCACCUGGUUUUGGUGGAGAUGACUGCUCUCUGCCUGUCUGCGGCUCACUCGCUGACGGCCAGAAUCGCCCCCAGCGGAAAGGCCAGUCCUGUGAUUGCAAGGAUGGCUGGGGAGGUAUCAACUGCAAUGUCUGCCAAAAUGAUAACGCUUGUGAUGCGAUGAUGCCUGAGGGUAAAGAUGGCGCAUGCUACAAGGAAGGUGUUACGAUCAAGGAGAACUUCCAAAUGUGUGACGUGACCAACCGAAAAAUCAUUGAUCAACUGGAUGGACGGAAGCCACAGGUGACAUUUUCCUGCGAGGCCAACAAUCAUACCUGCAAUUUCCAAUUCUGGGUCGCGCAGAAGGAGUCCUUCUUCUGCGAAUUGGAUAAUUGUAAAUGGGACAUGCAGAAUGAUUAUGACGUCAACUCUACCAGCUACAAGUGCCAAGAUCUCCGCUGCAGCUGUAUUCCAGGUCGCUUUCUUUGUGGUGAGAAUGGCUCCAUUGAUCUUGGGGACUUCCUUGACCAGAUGAUCAAGGGUCCAGCUACCUUCUCCACCAAAUCAGACUCGAAAGGCAGCACAAGUGUUUUCUCAGAGCCCCAGAUGAACUACUUGAUCAGUAGUGUCUUUGGUGACCCGAGCAUCUUUCUGAAAUGUGAUGCAGGAGAGUGUCUGUACAAGACCGAUAUGCCAGGUUACGAACGCCCUAUCAAGCGAAUCAACACACCAUUGAUUGCGGGUGUGAUUGCAGGCUCUGCUCUUUUCGUCGUUGCUGUCAUCUUAAUCGUCUGGUACUUGACUCGCCGGGCUGCCAGCCGUGGCUACAUCAACCUUUCUCUGUCAGAUGACUCUGACGACGAAUCGGCGAGACUUCAGGCAGAAUACAGACCAGCCAGCUUGUCCUGGGAAAACGUUUCGUAUUAUCUGAAUCAUCGAGAAAUUCUUUCUAAUAUCCAGGGAGCAUCUCACCCUGGUCAAAUCACUGCAAUUAUGGGAGCUUCCGGUGCGGGAAAGACGACUUUUCUGGAUAUACUAGCUCGCAAGAAUAAACGGGGUACGGUGCAGGGUGACUUCUAUGUCAACGGCGAGCAGAUUGGAGACCAGGAUUUCAAGAACUUAAUCGGAUUUGUGGACCAAGAGGACACAAUGCUUCCGACGUUAACUGUGCAUGAGACCAUCUUGACCAGUGCCCUGCUGAGACUGCCACGGGAUAUGAGUCGAGCCCUCAAAGAGCAGAGAGUCAUAGAAGUUGAGAAACAAUUAGGCAUUCACCACAUCGGAGACCAACUUAUCGGGUCAGAGGAAAGUGGAGGCCGUGGAAUUUCUGGUGGUGAGAAACGCCGAGUCGGUAUUGCUUGUGAGCUGGUCACCAGCCCCAGCAUUCUGUUUCUGGAUGAACCGACUAGUGGAUUGGAUGCGUUUAACGCUUUUAACGUAGUUGAAUGCUUGGUCACUUUGGCCAAAACCUAUAAUCGCACGGUCAUUUUCACCAUCCAUCAACCACGCUCGAACAUUGUGGCUCUUUUCGAUCGAUUGAUCCUUCUUGCAAGCGGACGAACUGUCUACUCUGGACCUUUCUCUUCGUGUCAGCGUUACUUUGACCAAAUUGGGUACUCGUGCCCACCUGGAUUCAACAUCGCGGAUUACCUAGUUGAUCUUACCAUGCACGCUGGGGUUCAUUCAUACAGAGAUGAUGUGGAUGGCUCCAUCGACGGUCGUCCGCCAAAGACUGCUACGAGCAGUUUGAGGGGUAUCAAAUCUGUCGCCAGUGCAUCUAACGUAAGCGUGAGCAUCGAAGACAACGCUAGUGGCACUACGGAGACCAACUUGAAACCACCGAACAAACGGCGUAUUUCUCUGAAGCAGCAGCAGGAUAACCAACUUUAUUCACGACGCAAGGAAUCGGCUCGCUCUAUCACAUCAAAGUCUAUUGCAUCAAAGUCUAUCGCGUCCAAGACUGAUGAAGAGGAUUCUGUACCCGAUGUGACUGACACUAAUAACCAAUGGCUACGUCUUUCUCGCCAACAAAGCAAUGCUCCCCCACAAAUUCUUCUUGAUCCAGACCAGAUUCCACCUCCAGCGAACUCUGUGACCGAUCUUGAUAUUUUGGUGGCUAGCUAUGCUGAUUCUGACGUAUGCCAUUCAGUUCAUGAGGAGAUUUUGGCGGCCGUUGAGUCUGCCCAGGCUGCAAAUGGUUCGUCAAACUCGAACAUCGUGUCUGGUCUGACUGGAGCGCAGUCGAAGAGCUAUGCCCGGAUCGGUCUGGCUAGGCAAUUUGUCAUUCUGUCGCAACGCACAUGGCGUAACCUAUACCGUAACCCUAUGCUGAUGCUUACCCACUAUGCAAUCUCCAUUCUGCUAGCUGUGCUUUCUGGAUAUCUUUUCUAUGGACUGACUGAUGACAUCAAGGGUUUCCAAAACCGCCUUGGUCUCUUCUUCUUUGUUCUUGCCCUGUUUGGGUUCAGCACUCUCACUAGUCUCACAACCUUCUCGACUGAAAGACUGCUAUUUGUCCGCGAGCGUGCUAAUGGCUACUACCACCCCUUUACAUACUUUGCUGCCAAGGUCGUCUUCGAUAUUGUGCCACUGCGACUCUUCCCACCCAUGAUUAUGGGUAUCAUUGUUUACCCUAUGACUGGACUUAUCCCCGCAUGGCCUGAGUUCCUACGAUUCCUGCUGGUUUUGGUACUGUUUAAUCUUGCAGCUGCCACUAUCUCGCUGUUGGUUGGCAUCAUAUUCCGCGAUGGUGGGGUUGCCAACUUGAUUGGCAGUCUAGUGAUGCUGUUCAGCCUUCUCUUCGCUGGUCUUCUGCUAAACCGUGAAGCAAUUCCAGCAUCUGCAUUGUGGCUACAAAGUCUUUCUAUCUUCCACUAUGCCUUUGAAGCUCUCAUCGUUAACGAGGUCACUUUCCUCACCUUGAUUGACCACAAGUACGGCCUGGACAUUGAAGUUCCCGGCGCAUCAAUUCUCAGUGCAUUUGGAUUCAAUACACUUGCCUAUUGGAACGACGUUGUUGGCCUCGCUGUUAUUGCAGGGGCCUGUCUUAUUAUUGCGUAUGCAGCGAUGCAUUUCUUGCUUAUUGAGAAGCGCUAG